AUGAGUACUUCCCACUGUUCCCAGCUUAUAUCCAGCAUCGUGCAGACUGGUAGCGCCAACCGCUAUCCAAGGGCGUCGAAUUCCACCAAUUCGGCUUCUGUAUCCGCUGACAAUCGCAAACAUUUAGAUUAUAUGGAUGCCAUCGGUCAACUGCAUCCCGGGUUCACAUGCAACAUCACGCCAAUCCUUUUGGGACGCGGUGGACAGAGUCCGCGAGGAGUCUACGUUGGAGUGGAUUCGGCGACCAAUAAGCAGUAUGCCAUCAAAUUACUGAAUGCGGACGAUGCCGGUUGCGUUCAGGACACUGUCGAGGAAGUGCGGCGCAUUCAGGCCGUGGAGCAUAGAAACCUGGUCAAAUAUUACGGGAUCGACUUGAAUGUGCAGGUACAAGGAAGCAGGGAGUUGUGGCUAAUUAUGGAGUUAUGUCAAGGCAACACCCUGAGAAGCCUGGCAAUACAGUCACACGGAUUGGAUUACGCGAAAGUCCUGGACAUUACACAGCAGAUUCUCAGCGGACUGGAGUAUCUGCACUUGCACCACAUCGUCCACCGCGACCUCAAAGGCCAGAACAUCCUCGUCGGCAUGAACGGCGCCAUCAAACUAGCGGACUUUGGCCUGUCCAGAACACUGUUGGGGACGCGGACCAGGACGAUGGAAAUAGAAGCCGACGAGGGCACGUGGCGGUACAUGGCCCCGGAGGCCAUGACCGGGCCGAAAAUCGGUCGCUCCAGCGAUAUGUGGAGUAUGGGAUGUGUGCUGGUGGAGAUGGUAACGGGAGAGGCACCCAAAUACAAGCUCUGUCCCGAUACUGGCAAAGAGCUGAUUGUCCUCACGGCGCAAGCGGGGAUUCAUAUUGGGCACCAUGGCAAUGGACCGCUGUUUCCGCUGGAUAAACUGUCCGCUCGGUAUUCGCAGUACAGUCUCGGGAUACUGCACAGCAUAUUCCGUCAGUGUAUCGUUACGGUCCCCAGCAAUCGGGCGACGGCCAAGACCCUGCUGCAGUUCGUCAAUAAUAUCAUCGACACGCCGGUCCCGGCUUUACCGGAAGCCGAAGUCUCCUGGAUGUUAGCAGCGUGCAAAAUCGCGGCUAGCCGUAGUUUCUCCUCAACGACUUCGCAAGCCAGCGCCACGAUCGUAGAAUCAGAUGGUCCUGGCUCCUUGUCCCGGCUGUGUCGCAGUGUACAGGCGCUUCUAACCGAUGCCCGAGUAAUGGGAAAUAAUCCUUUUACAUUGACCAAACCGGCAAAGUUUCGGUGGUUGCCGUUUGAGCAUAGCCGCUAUAUCAUGGUGGAUACAGCAAAUAUUGUGCCUAAAAGGUUUAUAAUCCAGUUUUUGAGCGGCAAACUUCGUGGAACAGCAGGUCGUGGAGCUGCAGCGCUGUACGGUGUCCUUUUAGAGACACCAGAUCCGGAACUAGAGCAGUUCCAGAGAAACUCCAGAUCUGCGCUCCAAACCGGCACUCUGGAGACCCUAAAAGGGCACAGCUACGCUACACUGAUUGUGUUCCCUAACGGUGCAGCUCGGCGUGACGACAUGUGGACGAGCAAAAGCCAGUUGGAUCACGUGUUCUCCAUUGCCGCUGAGCAACUGAUUAUUGUGGGACAGCUGUCCUCUAAGGAGAUCCUGGGGCGUAGUCGAUGGAAAGAGCUGCUGGAAGACGCAACCAGUGCCGAACGUCUAAUCCGAGCGCCGAAUUAA